UUAACCCACAACGGCGAAACGUGAAAAAUGGAGCUACCGGUCUACACUGUAGACGCUUUUACAGAUGUUCCUUUCCAGGGAAAUCCUGCAGCAGUAUGUCUGGUCAAUAAUGAAAAAUCAUUGUCAGAAGAAAAACUGCAGCAGAUAGCAGCUGAAAUGAAUUUAUCUGAAACCGUAUAUAUUAUCGAUACACAUAAGACAGGAUUCACAUCAGGUGAUCGAUUUAGAAUUCGAUGGUUUACACCAACAAAUGAGGUUAAUCUGUGCGGCCAUGCAACGGUAGCAUCUGCUUCUGUUUUGUUUUACCAGCUCAACAAUCAGUCAGACAGAAUAACCUUUGAUAGUGCCAGUGGACCAUUGACAACAGAACGUGCACAUCCCAAUGGUAUAACAAUGAAUUUUCCACUAAACCCACCAGCGAAACAGGACGAGGAAGAGAUUGCUAAUCUCCUUCAGCUUGUUUUACCAAAGAAUAAAAUACAUUCCCUACAUUAUUCACAAUCUACAAAGAAACUUUUAGUGAGAAUGACUGACAACUGUACACGAUUAGACCUCGAAUCACUCAGACCAGAUACAACAGCAAUGAUGAAUGCUGAACCAACGGGGAAAGUUAAGGGAGUAAUAAUCACAUUGAAAGGGACUACAGACAAUGGAUGUGUUGACAAGGCUGGCGAAGCAUACAAUUUUAUUUCGCGCUAUUUUGCACCAUGGAAUGGUAUACCAGAAGAUCCUGUUACAGGUUCUGCACAUACUGUAAGUGGUGCUUACUGGUCAGAAGUGUUACAGAAGAAAUCAUUAUACGCGAGACAAUGCUCCAAGCGGGGAGGAGAUGUACGGAUACAAAUUAAGGAUGACGGAAGAGUUAAUCUAACUGGACAAAGUGCAAUUGUUCUGAAAGGCACUUUUAUCCUUUCGUGAUAUUUAAUCUCAUAUGUCUUUAUUCCUGAAUAUUAAAUAAAACAUAAAGACAUUG